AUGGCGGCGGCCGGGGCGGUGGCAGCGGCGGCGGCGCGCAGCCAGGGAGCCCCGGCGCCGGCGGCAGCGGCGGCCCGAGCCCGGCGGCUGCCCCCGCUACUCGUGCUGCUGGCGGCGGCGGCGGCCGGCCCCGGGGCGGGCGGCGCGGCGCGGCUCUACCGCGCGGGCGAGGACGCCGUAUGGGUGCUGGACAGCGGCAGCGUGCGCGGGGCCACGGCCAACAGCUCGGCCGCGUGGCUCGUGCAGUUCUACUCCUCGUGGUGCGGCCACUGCAUCGGCUACGCGCCCACCUGGCGGGCCCUGGCCGGGGACGUGCGAGACUGGGCUGCUGCCAUCCGCAUUGCCGCCCUGGACUGCGCGGAGGAGGAGAACCACGAGGUGUGCCGAGCCUACAACAUCCACUUCUACCCCACCUUCCGGUAUUUCAAGGCAUUUACAAAGGACUUUACAACUGGAGAAAAUUUUAAAGGGCCUGACCGAGAGCUGCAGACCGUGAGGCGGACAAUGAUCGACUUCCUGCAGAACCACACGGACGGAGACAGGCCUCCUGCUUGCCCGCCUCUGGACCCCGUUCGGCCCAGUGACAUCCUUUCUCUCAUGGACAACCGUGAUAGCCGUUACGUGGCCGUCCUGUUUGAGAGCAACAGCUCCUAUGUCGGCCGUGAGGUGAUCUUAGACCUGCUUCCGUAUGAGAACAUUGUGGUGAAGAGAGUGCUGAACACAGAUAAAGGCUUCCUGGAGAAACUCGGUGUUUCUUCCAUUCCUUCCUGUUACUUGAUUUACCCAAAUGGGACACGUGGAUUAAUUAACAUCGGGAAGCCCCUCCGAUCGUUUUUUUCCUCUUAUUUGAAGUCGUUGCCGGAUGUGAGGAAAAAAUUGCUUUCAUUGCCUGAAAAGCCCAACAAAGAAGAAAACCCUGAAAUCGUGGUUUGGAGAGAAUUUGACAGGUCGAAACUCUACACUGCGGACCUGGAGUCGGGGCUGCAUUACCUCCUGAGGGUGGAGCUGGCCGCCCACAAGUCCCUGGCGGGGGCCGAGCUGCGCACACUCAAGGACUUCGUCACUGUCCUCGCCAAGCUGUUCCCCGGCCGGGCGCCGGUCAAGAAGCUGCUGGAGACGCUGCAGGAGUGGCUGGCCAACCUUCCCCUGGACAGGAUACCCUACAACGCCGUCCUCGACCUGGUCAACAACAAGAUGCGGAUUUCUGGAAUAUUCCUUAUUAAUCAUGUAAAGUGGGUUGGAUGUCAAGGAAGCCGACCAGAGUUCAGGGGUUACACAUGUUCUCUCUGGAAGUUGUUCCACACUUUGACCGUUGAAGCUGGGACCCAUCCAGAGGCGCUGGACGGCACAGGUUUGGAGGAUGACCCCCAGGCAGUGCUACAGACCAUCAGGAGGUACAUUCACACCUUCUUCGGCUGUAAGGAGUGCAGUGAGCAUUUUGAGGAAAUGGCUAAAGAAUCCAUGGAUUCCGUGAAAACUGCAGACCAAGCGAUUCUCUGGCUUUGGAAAAAACACAACUUAGUCAACAACCGCCUGGCUGGCCAUCUGAGCGAGGACCCCAAGUUUCCGAAGGUUCCGUGGCCCACCCCGGACCUCUGCCCGGCCUGCCACGAGGAGAUCAAGGGCCUGCACAGCUGGAACGAGGGUCACGUGCUCCUGUUCUUAAAGCGGCACUACAGCGGCGACAAUCUCGUGGAUGCGUAUGCGGCGGACCCGGGAGACGCCAGCGAAGGAGGCGGCCCACCCCAGGGCGGGGAGCGGGAGCGAGGCCUCGCCUCCCCAGAGAAGCCUCAGGGAGAACAGCAUGCCAAGAGUCUCCGCCCGCCCAGCGUGCUGCCUCCCAGACCCCGCCUGCCAGACGGGCCGCAGCUCGGCCUGGAUGGGAGACUGCAGAGCGCUGGCGGGGCUGAGGGCCGCAGGGAGGUGGAGGCGGCCGUGCCCUUUCUGGGGAUGGGCUUCUCCAGCCUGGACAUGAGCCUCUGCGUCUUGCUGUACGUGGCCUCUUCCUUGUUUCUCAUGGUGAUGUACUUUUUCUUCCGAGUGCGGUCCAAGCGAUGGAAAGUCCGACAUCACCGGCCGUCCGUGUAG